AUGAUACAUUCACAAUUAAUUCUUUUUGCUUGUCUAAUUUUUGCUACAUCAACUGUAUUCACAGCUGAUAGUCUUGCUGUGAUGUCAAUUGAUCUUGGUACAGAAUUUACCAAAAUAGCUGUUGUUAAACCAGGGAUACCUAUGGAAAUUGUUUUAAAUAAAGAAAGUCGUCGAAAAACUCCAGUUAUCGUUGCUAUUAAAGGCAAAGAUCGUGAGUUUGGUGAAGCGGCUAUAUCUCGAUCAACUAAAAUGCCAGCACAAUCCUAUAUGUAUUUACGUGAAUUAGUAGGGAAAUCAUUGAAUAAUCCAAUAAUUGAACAAUAUUUAAAACGAUUUCCUUAUUAUAAAUUAAACAUAGAUGGACAUUCUAGUCAACUUGUUUUCGAACAUGACAGUGAAACAAACUAUACAGUUGAAGAACUUCUUUCAAUGAUAUUAAAAAAAGCUCGUGAAUAUGCAACAGAUUUUGCUGAACAAUCAGUUGAUUCUGCCGUUGUAACUGUUCCACCGUAUUUCACACAAUCCGAGAGACGUUCCAUAAAGCGCGCAUGUGAAUUAGCAAAUAUCAAAGUACUUCAAUUAAUGAAUGAUAAUACAGCUGUGGCACUUAACUAUGGUAUAUAUCGGCGUAAAGAUUUCAAUGCUACUGGUUCAACAUAUUUAUUCUAUGAUAUGGGUGCACAAUCAACAACAUGCACCAUAGCAACAUUCAAUGUUGUCAAAAUAAAAGAACAUGGUUAUGUCGAAGAAGUUCCACAAUUAACAAUAAAAACAGUAGCAUUCGAUCGGGAUUUAGGUGGUUUAGAAUUUCAAAUACGUUUACGAGAUUAUUUUGCAAAGAAAUUUCAUGAGAAACAUCCAAAAAUUGAUUUAUAUAAACAUCCUAAAGCGUUAACAAAAUUAUUUCGUGAAGCUGAACGAGCGAAACAUGUGUUAAGUGCUAAUGUUGAAUAUACAGCACAAGUAGAAGGUUUAAUUGACGACAUCGAUUUUAAACAUCAAACCACACGAGAAGAAUUUGAAAAUUUAUGUACAGAUCUUUUUGAAAGAAUUAAACGGCCUGUUCAAGAAGUACUUACAACAAGUGGAAUUAAAUUGAGUGAAAUCCAACAAGUACUUUUAUUCGGUGGUGCAACACGUAUUCCGCGAGUUCAAAAUGAAUUAACGAAAGUUCUCGGCGGAGUAGAGCUUGGUAAAAGUCUAAAUACUGACGAAGCUGCUGCUAUGGGUGCAGUUUUUCAAGCUACAGCACUUACAAAAGGUUAUCGUGUAAAAAAAUUUCUUGUAAAAGAUUUCAAUCAAUAUCCAAUCAAUGUCAAAUUUGAACGACAAAAUGAUGAUUCCGAUCAAAGAAUACUUGAUAAAACACUAUUUAAUCGUAAUAAUACUUUUCCACAUCGGAAAGUAAUGACAUUUAAUAAACAUACAGAUGAUUUUUCAUUUGAUGUUUAUUAUGGAAAUUUAACAUAUCUUUCGUUAAUUGAUAGACGUGCACUUGGUCAAACAGACUUAUCACGAAUAGAUGUUACUGGUGUUCGAACAGCAUAUGAUAAAUACAAAGAUACAAUGGAAUCAAAAGGUAUCAAAGCACAUUUCGAACUAGAUGACAGCUCACUUCUUGUUCUUACUCGAAUUGAAUUUGUCUUUGAAAGAAAAGAUAAUGACACAGAUAAAAAUAAAGCAAUAACGAAAGAUGAACAAUCAACAUUAUCAAAAAUAGGGAGUAAAAUUUCAAGUUUUUUCAAAUCUAAAACUGGCGAUGAUGGAACAAAGAAAGGAGAUGAAGAUGAACAGAAUGAAGAAACAAAAACAACUAGUGAUGAACCAUCAACAAAGCCUCUUGAUAAUAAUGAAACUACUAAUACAACAAAUGAUACAUCGACAACGACCACAGCAUCAACUCCAACAACACCAAAACAGAUGAAUGCUCGUGAACCAUUAAAAUUUAAAAUCGAUCUACUCGAUUAUCCUGACCCAUCAGAAGAAGCGCAAACUGAAUCAAAAAAAAAACUAUCUGAUUUGGAUGCUCAUGAUCGUGAAUUAUUAGCUUUAGCAACUGCUAAGAAUAAUCUUGAAACAUUCAUUUAUGAUGCUCGUGAUAAACUUGAACAUGAUCAAAGAUAUAAAAAAGCAACAACAUCACAUGAGCGAACAAAAAUCAAUGAAAAAUUAGCAGAAGUUGAUGCAUGGUUAUGGGAGGACGGUGUUAAUGCUGAUGUAAAAGCAUUAAAAUCAAAAUUAGAUGAAUUGAAAACUUUAACAAAAUCAUUAAAAAUACGUGUACGUGAAGUUGAAUUACGUCCAAAAAAACUUCAAGAACUUAAAGACACUCUUAAUAUGACCGAACAUUUUUUUCGAGCAACACGCAGUGUACUUUUCAAAACAGACACUGAUGAAAAGCCGUUUACCGACGCAGAACUUAAAUAUUUAGAAAAAACAAUUAAAGAUACAUAUACUUGGCUUGAUCAAGUAUUAGCUGAAUUUGCUAAACUAUCACCAACUGAUACACCAAAAUAUUUAUCAACUGAUAUUGAUGAUAAAACUAAUGCACUUAAACGUGAAACAAAUUAUUUACUAAAUAAAGCUCAACGGUUUGUUCCUAAACCGAAAACCACAACACCAAAAGUACCAGUAAAUAAUCAAAAUAAAGCAGACGAUGACAAAUCAUCGACUACCUCAACUUCUGAACCUGAAGAAACAACUACCGUGACGCCACCUUCAACUGAAGAACAACAUAAUGAUCUGUGA